AAUCAAUAAGUUUUGUCUCGUAACCAUAUUUAUCGAUGACUCAUUCAAGCCACUUAAAAACACGAGGGUCAGUUAGUUGUCUGUUAUCAUCAUAUAUAAUUUCUCCUUAUUUCCUGAUCCAAAUAAAUACCCGGAAUCCUCUCACCAGUGACUAGACGAACUCCCAAGUCUGCCGUUAAUUGAGGGGCUUGAUUCUCGAGUCCUUUUUAUGCAUAUUAUUUCAACAUCACCUACAUCAAUCGUUGUGCCGAAGCAAUUCCGGAAAUGACUACCAAGGCAACAAGAACUUUUUACUCAACUCCAUCACCAUACGAGAUUAAAUUCGGGUACUAUCGCGGCGUCCGCCGCAAUUCACACAUAUUCGUAUCUGGGACAACCGCAAUCGCCGUCUAUAGUUCCGGCGCCACCAGCAACCUACCAAGUCCGCCGCCACAAAUCCAGUUCCCCGACGACGCGCGUAAACAAACUGUCGCGGCAUUCCAAGAGAGUCUUCGAGCUGUGAAUGCCUUGGGCGGUGAUGUGUCUGAUGUUGUAAGGGUUAGGAUGUAUGUAGCUAGGACAGAGGAUUGUGGAGCUAUUGGGGAGGGGUUUCGGGAUAUUUUUGGGAAAAAGACAGAUCUGCCUGAAGGAAUGGGAGCAGAGGUCAUUCAAGGAAAGGCGGAUGAGGUAGGUGUUGUGGCAACAAUGAUUGUGGUGAAGGAUGGGUUUGUAGAAAAAGAUAUGUUGGUGGAGGUGGAGGUUGAUGCAGUCGUUGAUGACAACAUAUCAAAUCAACAGUCGUCAAUUAUGUAAAGUGGAAUUUAAUUUUGAGAAGACAAGU